CCGAACCGGGUUAGUCUAGCUUAUUUUUUUUCCUAGAUGUUGGCAGCUCCGUAACUAAACCGAAAAGUGUUCCGAACCUGAUACGUUUAAUCUGGAAAUUGCUCAACUAUUACCUGUACCUGUUGACCUGUAGGCAAUAAAUGUUGUUAGUAACAACAAAAUGUAUCAUUUAGAAAUUCUAGACCACAAUGAAAUAACGUAUAAUUUUCUGGUGACAAAAAACGUUUAUGAUUUAGCUCAUAAUGAUCUAUCAUAUGCAGAAAAAUUUUUGAUAAUGCAAAAGCAAAAAUAUCCUGCAUUAUUUCGAAACAAGUCUGCAAUAAAUGACGAAACACACGAUAAAAAAGUAUUAAAGUUAACAAAUGGGUCAAAUACUAUUGAACUUCAUGUAUCAAAUAAUAUUUUUGAACGUGCUAACAAUGAUCCACAGUUUGGUGUACAUUUGUUCAAUAAAUACAGUAAAGAAAUAUUGAAGCAAAAGUCUCAUUGCAUAGGCACAAAUGUUUCUGAAGAUAGAACUAAUGAAAAUAGACAGUUUGAUAAUUAUGAUGAUAGUGAAAAUAAUGAAAAUAUUGGUGCUUCGAGGCAUCAUUGGUCUACAGAGCAAACGAAAUUACUACUAUUUCUAUUUCGUCAAUUAAGCAAAGAAAAUAUGAUACACAACCGUCUUUGGAAUGAAAUAUCAGCGGGAAUGAAAGAGAAAGGUUAUGCUCUUACUGCAUCACAAUGUAGUACAAAAAUAGACAGUUUAAAAAAAGCUUAUAAGAAAUGUUGUGAUCAUAAUCGCCAAACUGGAAACACACCAAAAAAAAUUGAACAUUAUGAUAUUUUAUGUGAAAUAUUCGCUAAAACACCAUGGAUGCAGCCUUUGUCUACUGUUGGAUCCAGCAAGCCUCUUGGGCAACAUUUAGAUGAGGAAUCAUCGUCUUCAGGAAGUUCAAAACGUGGCAGCAUCAAUAAGGACGACUAUAUGACACAAUUUUUGCAAUUAAAAAAACAAAAGUUAGAGAUUGACAAAAAAUAUAAAGAAGACAAAUUGGCAAUUCUCAGAGAUAUUCAAAGAAAGUUGUAA